AUGGCCUCUUUAUACAGUGUUGUAUCCUCACGCCAAUUUCAGAGUGGAAGAGGUUUUCUUGAAAAACUUGAGCUGAAGCCUGGUGACAAAGUAAUAGACAUGGGCUGUGGUACAGGGAAACUAACAAAAUACAUCGCAGAGCAAGUGGGAGAUAUCGGCGAAGUGAUUGGUGUUGACCCAGACAGUGCAAGAAUUGAAUUCGCGAAAGAGAAUACGAAUACCAUUUGCAACGUAUGUUUUCAUGAAGGCGACAGCAAAUCUGGAUUUCCGUACCAGGAUGAAGCUCACUACGACCUUCAUUUCAGUAAUUAUGUUUAUCAUUGGCUGAGUGAUGAAGAGAAAGGGAACUACGUUAAUUUGGCUUCCCGAUGUCUCAAACCAGGAGGCCUGAUUGCCAUUCAGUGUCUCGCUGCAUCAGGCGAGGCCACAAUUGAUAGCUUGAGUAGGUCAGCAAAUGUCAGCGUAGUUGAUUCACAAGCUACGAGAGAGCUGCUGCAUGAUUGUGGGUUUACUGAUAUAAAUAUAAUGGCAAGGAAACACGCUAUUAACUUUAUCUUGAAUAAUUCUACUAGUUUAUGCAUAAAUAAUUGUCUCAUGACAAGAAAUUAA